GCAUACAUGCGCAUUCUGUUAGUUGAGUUGUCUAUAUAGGUUAUGUUAAGUAUGAGCCGUGUUCCUUGUUAUUUUCUUAUUUAGACUACUGUAUAGAGUAUAUUAAAAGUAAAUGGGUUUUUUGUUUGUUUAUCACGAUGGAUAAGGAUAAGAAAGAUAGUGAUUUGGAUGAUGAUAUAUGUGGAAUAUUUCCAGAUGAGCCGGAAACUCCAGUCCGUAAAUAUAAACAACAAUACCGCAAAGCCUGGGAAAUGGAGCCUGAUUUUAAAGGAUGGUUAACUAGUGUUCCAAACAAGCCCAACAAAGCGUACUGCAAGGCAUGUAAGAGAGAUCUUCAUGCUCACAGACUCACUCUUGUAAAGCACACCAUAUCCAUCAAGCACAUGAAAGCAGCUGUCGAAUAUUUUGAUUCGAAAACGUUGGAAGAGUCAAAGAAAAAAGAGAAACAAUCAAAAAAUGAAAAUUCCAAACGUCUGGUGGAUGCAACGACCGGGGCAAAAGAAGAUAUCCCUGUUCGUCCUGUUGAUGAAAUUGUUCCGAACAAAAAUGAUGGCGCUCAAAUGAGUGAGCAGCCGUUGAGAGGUGAUUCAAUUCUCUCCAGUAUCUCGCCGCACUUUCUGAUUCCCCACUCUGGCAAUAAUAUAACUGGUGUGAAUGAGGAAUUGGAGGACGAUCCAGGUCGAAGUCAGACGACCACUUCUAGUCUGCCCCAAGAACCAGCCCGGUCGCUGGUGUUGGCGAGGCCCGAUAAACCCCCGAUCUCAACCCAUGUCCUGGACACUACUAGGGGUCUCCCUGUCUCGGGCAUUCAAGUCAGUCUCUAUCAGCUCAUCGAUGGACGCUGGACACUCCUCAACGAUUCCUGUACAAACUUGGAUGGCCGAUGCGCUGAUUUGAUUGAUAGGGAAUCAGUGAAACCUGGUCGCUACAGGCUGCACUUCGAUACACACCAAUACUUCGAGUUACGAGGUCUGGACUGCCUGUUCCCGUUUAUUGAGGUUGUAUUUGAUGUGAGAUCACCGGCAGAGUAUCUACACAUUCCUAUUUUAAUGACACCUUAUAGCUACUCCGUAUAUCGAGGGAGUUGAAUUCUAGUCCUAGUCAUUUUUUUCAAGAAUAGUUUUUAUAAAUAGAUAUUUAUUCAUUCGAAACUUCUUGAUAAUACUCGAGACUCCUUAAAACUGAGUUCAUUUCUAUUAGUACAUUUCUUAUAUCAGUGCACUUCUGAAUUUCGAGAUGUUAAUUAAAUUCCAUUCAUCUUUAAACUCCAGUUUUAUAGAAUAUUGCUAUCGGCGAUUAAUAUUUUGUAUUUUUCACAUAAAUUGCAUAUUUAAAAAGACGUCAAUAAUGUGCUUUACAUUUUUUUGAAAUAUAUUGUUUUCAAUAGAUAAAGAAAUUCUAGGAAACACAGUUUUAUUGAAAUCUGUUAUUUUUUGCAUACUGCAUUAAUUCAAAAAAAGUUAUACAGUAGCCUACUCGUCAUUAAAUUCAUAUUUAUUAUGUUGAAAACAUGAUCUAUUUCUAUUUAUAUGGAGUCUUCUGUUAAUAUAUAAAGCUUAAAGCCAUAGAAGAUAUAAUGUGUAAGUUUUUGAGCCACUCUGUUUAAAUAAUGUGUAUUAUUAUACUUUUAUUAGCUGAAUGCGUGUCGGAGACUUACAAGAAUUGCUUCAUUCUUGUUUUAAGUUGGAAACUGAGAGACCAUUAAUGUGGAUCAUUUUUCUAUGUUCAACUUGGUUGAAAAACCCUCAUCUGUCCACAUUAUAGAUGGUAUUAUUAGAAAUAGUGAUUUUUUAGUCCUGUUACCUUAUUUCAAGUUGUAAUUAUCUAUUUCGAAUAAAGGAAAAUUUUGUUUAGUUGCACGAAGUUGAUAGCCCUACUCAAUUGGUUUACAGAUGCCAGUGCGAGUUGAUUAUUCUGUGUAACAUUCUGUGUGGAUUCCAGUCGUUUUAUGAACAGAAUGUCUUCUACCAUAGUACUUAAAUAUUAUGGAGAAAAGAGUCAAAGCGUUUAUAACUUCAAUGGGUGGACAUUUUGAGCAUAUUCUUCAAUAAUCUUUGGUAGCUAAGAAAUGAAUAAUAAAAUAUUACAUUACAAUUUAGUUGUUUUGUUUAAAACUGGCCACAUUCGGCAACAAUCAAUCGACAAAGUUAGGAAAAUCUUAAUGAAAAACCCUUUAUAACUUGAGAUUCGUUGAGAGUGAAGUUUACAAUAGCGUUGGGGGUGGCUGUUUUGCUUAAAAAAGCUAAAGAUUUUCAUCACAACGGAUUUUCCAUUUUUUUUUUUUUUAAUUAGAAAUUGUGUAACAGGACUAAAAAUUCGCCCUGUAUCAAUAGGCCUGCGAUUAUCAUUCACAGAAGCUGUAAAACAUGUUGAAAUGUGUUGCUCGUAAUAGUGUUGUGUGUUCAAGAAUAAGAAGACAUCAUUUAGACCAAAUAUGUCUAAUAAUUAUUAUGAUAUGCUUGUGUACUUGAUAUGGUUGGGUACAGCUUGUUAACUGAGCCCUCUUACUUAUCAUUCUGUAUUACACCAGUUCAUUAUACACUUGAAUUAAUUCAUAAUUCAACAGUCAAUGAAUUUUUGUUUCAUCCUUCAUCAAUGAAUGAUGGGAAUCUGUAUCGUGAAUUAUUUUCUAUUAAUUCUUUACACCUAUAAAUGUUUAUUGUGUCGUAUUAGUCCAGUCAAUACAUACAUAAAAAAGGGAUGUGCUUGCAAUUUAUAUUGUAGUUCUGAUUUUUUACUAUAUCCAAUUUCUUCAUGCAAAAUUUCCUUGUGCUAGAUAUAGAGUGGCCCAAAACCUCGUAUUUUCGGUUCAUUUUCCAGUUUUCAACUAUUUCUGCCAAAUACAACAAUUGGACAGAAAAAUCAUGCAAUACGAGUCUAAUUCGGUCGGAAUUUGAAAAAUUAUUGUUGAGUAUACUUGAGCCCAUAUUCCAAUAUACCAAAAAUGGCCUAUUUCUAUAAUUUUAUAAUCUAAAAAAAGGGCGAGAGCAAAUUUUUCUGUCCGUUACUGGAUUUGGUAGAAAUCGCUGAAAACUGGAAAAUGAACCGAAAAUACGAAAUUUUUGAGCCACUCUGUAUCUAGCACAAGGAAAUUUUGCAUGAAGAAAUUGUUUCUUGACUUCUCCUAUAAUAAAUAUAUCAAAAAAUCAUAACUACAAUAUAAUUGCAAGCACCAAUGUAUAUAUAUUGACUGGACUAUAUUUCUAUUAAAUAGAAAUUGUAAGACUUCUGUGGAAUUCAUAAAUUUCCAAGUAAAGAUCAUUAAUAAUAUAUUUGGCGUGUAAGAUUAUUGAAAUGGAAAUCCGGAUAAAGAUAAAUCAGCGCUUUAUACAUGAAAAAAUGUAAAAUUUUUUUACUUGGAACUUAGAAUUAGGUUACAAUGCGACUUUCAAGAAAUUAAAUCUGUUAUUAUCACAAUCGAUUUUUAUAAUAAUUACUGUCAAUGUAGCUUUUCCAAUCAUAAUACAGCAUAAUUACCACUCAAUUUGAAAUCGACUUCUUCAUUCUUGCAAACCAUUUACCAGAGAUGGUAAAUUUUACCAUUUUACUGUUUCUUGUGACAUAGCGUAAUGUUGAUGUUGAAGAGUAUUUAUGUGCUUUCGAGCAAUAUUGAUUUCUAAAACAUUUCACAAGAUGAUUAGAGGAUGAUCAGCCAUUUCUUUCUGUAUAGGUACUCUAUCUAUUGUGAUUGUGAUGUCGUGGUAAAUUCCAAUAUUGAAUAAGAAAACUUGAAAACAACAACUUUAUCAGUUGAAAUAACGAGAAGCAAGUUUCUUGUGUUCUUGUCUCGUCUAAGAUCUCAUCAAGCUAAGCUGAAUUAUUAUGUUAUACGUUAUUCUUAACUGACAUGUAGUUAUGACAAUUUGUAAUAAUGUUAUCCAAUAAUAUAUCUUUCUUUCUUGAAUCAGAUUUGUCUUUAUACGGUAACUCUUUAUAUAUGGAGGAAUAAUUAUUCCAGUAUUUUAAAAAACGUUUUACAAAUUAGGAAAUCUCUAAGUUUAAAUGAUAUAAAAACAAUGGAAGAUUUCAACAAACUUUCAAGUUUUUAUUCAAAAACAAACUGAACUAUAAAAAUUAUCAUAAUUAUCAGCAUUUUUUCUCACUUAUUUUCAAAAUAACUUUCACUAACAAUCCUUCUAAAACUACUCAAUACUGAACAACAUACAGUAAGUCAAUUUUCGCACUGAUAAUAUGGUAACUUUUUCAUUUUAAUCUUAGGCUACAUGUAUCGCACUUGUCUCACUUGAUUUUGUAGUCCAAUUUUAUUACAGUUAAGUUGUUGUAGCAUUAAGCUCUGAAUUCACCUUGAUGGAAGCACUUGGUUUUCAAGUUCAUUAUUAUCCAAUCUCAAACCAUCAUGUUCAUCGCGCUGUCUUGUCAUCAUGUUGAAGUCAUUCAAUUAAUCUGUAAGGAACGUCAAAUACAUUUUAACUUCAUAUUUUGGUAUAAUUAAUCACUGAUUUCAUAUUCACUGCAAUGAUUAUUGUUUCUUGUAUUCACUUGGAGAGAAACUUCAUAAUAUUCAGAAUGUAAGAUAUAUUUCAAUUAUCAUUUGUUUCAAUAUAUAUAGUUAGUUCUGAAAUAUUGUUGUUUGGGCUUUCAAUUUUCUCUUGAAUAAAAAUAAUACAGUUUGGAAUAAAAUGCUUACAUUGAUUAUA